ACUCUUUUUAACUUCCUCUCUCGUUCUAGCUUUUAUGCUCAUUGUCUCAAUCUUGAGUCUGAAUCUCGGUGAUGGAGAACAGUGUGAACAUGUUUGGGAAAAGUGAGUCCCCAAGAUCACCAACUAGGCUGCAGAGGCAAGCACCCACGGCUCUGCAUCUUGACCUAGUUCCCGAGAACCCCUUCUUGCAGCAGUCUUGUGAUGUGGUUGCAACGACAGCUAUUCCUCUGCUUUCACCUCUCUUUGCGUCUCCAAAUCCGCACUCUUCUCUCUCUAAAGAAGGGGACAAUUGCGUGUUUCCGGUGGGAUUUACUGAAAAGAACGGAUCUCAGCCGUCGAUGGACCACAAGGAAGGGCCAAAAUAUUCGGCUAAGGCCGACAAUAGCAACGAGAUGGCUCUCUUGAAUAUGUUUCAGACCAAGUUCGUGCUUGUAGAUCAUUCACAGUAAGGGUUUCUAGGCUUUUAGCAUUUAGGAUGGUCUUUACUGUCUUAGAAUCCAAAUGCUUUUCAAUAGUCUUGUACAAACCCAUUUCUCAAGAUGCUGUAAUAAGAGAGGACAUAUAAU